AUGCGGGGCCGGAUUACAAUGCUGCACAAGCCGACAUCUCCCGCCGCAUCUGCCGCCAAAUCUGCCGGCGCAUCUACCGGCGCCGCUUCUUCAUCUUCACCGGCAGCGCCUGCUGUCGCAGCAAGUACCGCGACCGGUGGUGGGCCACAUGUAACGGCGGGAGCCGUCGCGACAGGGAGCCGCAACGCUACGUUACGAACGACGACACCGAACCGAACCACCUCAUCCCCCUCCUCCUCCUCCUCGUCGCCCACUAUCGCAUUUCCGAAUCUCCAGUCGCCCUACUUCCCGUUUGAAGACGCGGAUUUUCUGGACGCUUUCGAAACCGCCGCGUCGCGGCACAUCGAACUGCGUGACGAGGCGCCUCGACAACCGUCGAUUGACGAACGAGCGGCCGCUCUUCGCGGCGCGUCGUCGAAGCUGCCCGAUCCGGCGGCAGCGGCGGAUGGGAGUUACGAUCUGUCGGUUGCCGAACGGGCGGUUCAACUCUCGUGUCGUCUCACGAAGAAGGUUCAGGCGCAACUGCGGCGAGAGGCGGAAGAUGUAACGCGGUCCAAGCCGGACAAAUCGUACGUUACUGUAGCGGACUGGGGCGUUCAGGCGGUUGUCAGCUGGGUUCUGAAGCAGGCUUAUCCGGGGGAGGUGGUAUCUAUGAUAGCGGAGGAAGACACGAAGCAGCUGACGAAUGACGCGGGAAGCGCGAUUCUCGCGCGGCUCGUCGGCGUAGUUAACGAGUGCCUUGCCGAGGCGCGUCUGGUCGGUAUUGAGCCGCCGGAGCGCCCGCUAGAGGCACCUGAGGUGCUGGAUUUGAUCAAUCGCGGUUCGUCAGAAGGCGGUCCGGUUGGGAGGCACUGGAUAUUAGAUCCUGUGGACGGCACACUUGGAUUCGUUAGGGACGAUCAAUACGCAGUCGCACUGGCGUUACUAGAUUCGGGCAGCUUGAAACUGGGCGUCUUAGGAUGCCCAAAUUUUCCGGUCAGGCCAGAAUGGCUGCGGCAUCCGCACCGCUUUCACCGGAUCACAUCGAAACUUUUCCCGUCCUGCGAUUGGCGGGAGGGAGUGGUGCUGAAAGCGCUCCGGGGUCAUGGCGCCUUCGUCGAGCCGCUCGUAGGAGGCGAUCCCGCAGCAGUAGCCGCCGGGGACGUUCGCCGAACGGAGUGCGGGAGCAGCAGGAUUAGCAGUAGCAGCGGCGGCAGCUACGGUGGCAGUAGUCGCCGUGUGAAGCUGGAUCCGAGUUGGCGCGCAACGAGCACUUCAAACUGCCACGUGUCCGACGUGUGCGAGCCGUGCUGCGCGACAUUCUGCGAGCCGGUUGAGAAGGCGAACUCGAACCAAACGUUCACGGCAGGCCUGGCGGACCUCCUCGGAAUCAGUAACGCUCCUCUCCGCGUGUACAGCAUGGCAAAGUACGCUGCUAUAGCCCGCGGCGACGCAGACAUUUUCAUGAAAUUCGCGCGUAAUGGUUACCAAGAGAAGGUCUGGGACCACGCUGCAGGGGUGGUGAUUGUGGAGGAGGCGGGCGGCGUCGUGACAGAUGCGGGCGGCAAGCCUCUGGAUUUUACCGAAGGCCGUUUUUUGAGCUCACUUGAUAGAGGGAUCGUGGCAUCGAGCAGCUUGGAGCUGCACCAGCAGCUGCUGACGGCAAUUGAUGCAAGCUGGCGAGUGUACCACGGAGGGGAAUUUUCCCCGCAAGACACCAAUACCCUACUGAUGCUACAGCAGCAGGAUCUUAUCCAGGUGGAUGUGCCAUGUGGGAACUCCGCAAGGCCCUUCGAGGGUCCCAACCAAGAGCUGCUGUGGCUGCGUCGCCAGAAGCUGUUUCCAUUGCCUGCUGCUGCUUGCGACUUGCCUGGUCAGAAUGGCCGCGAGUGCUUGCAUGAGGGGAGUGCUCAACAGGAGGGGAACAAUGCUGAUUAG